CAUUCUAGACAACAAGAUGAUUCUCUUUACGAUCAUAACGCUGAUUUUCUUUAUGGGAAACACUAAAGCAGAACCAACACGAGGAAAGGACUGCGCAUCUGCGGUUACAUUUUAUGGUGAAACAGCUAAUAAAGUCGUUGGGUUACUCUCUGACAAUUGUGCAUGCAAAACAGUCAAAGAAAAACCACCAAAGAAUGAAGAUGAAGAUGAACCCCAAUCCUCAUGCACAGUAACAAGACCAAGUGACUGUGGUGACCUUGACAAUUCAACUUGUAAAAGUGGAAUUUACAAGAUCUUUCCGGACAAAACGUCUGGUUUCAAGGUUUUCUGUGAAAUGAAGAAACAUGGCGGGGGUUGGACUGUUUUUCAACGUAGAAUGGAUGGAAAGACGAAUUUCUACAGGGACUGGGACUCUUAUAAAGAAGGAUUUGGUAACCAGAAUGGAGAAAUUUGGUUGGGUAACGACCAUCUUCAUCAACUGACCUCUCAAGGAAAGUACAAACUUAGGAUUGAUAUGGAAGACUUCGAAAACAACAAAAAGUUUGCUCUUUAUGAGAAGUUUAGCGUUGGUAGCGAAAGUUCCGGUUAUAUCUUGGAUGUUAGUGGUUAUUCUGGCGAUGCAGGAGAUUCAAUGACUUACCAUAAUGGACAGAAAUUCUCAACAAAAGAUAAGGAUAACGAUAAAGGUGGCGAGGUAUGUGCAGUGAAAUACACAGGAGCCUGGUGGUAUAAUGCAUGUCACUUCAGCAACUUGAAUGGUUCCUAUCUGAAAGGGUCACAUAAAUCAUUUGCUGAUGGAAUCGAUUGGAAGACCUGGAAGGGGUAUCACUACUCACUGAAAGAAACAGUUAUGAUGAUCCGCAAAGCCUAGAUAGCUGAAUAU